UCCGGCCCAAAUUAACAAAAUUACUUGGCGAUUUCUUAAUAAUCAUUACCAUUUUGCUACCACCGAAAGGAUUUGUCAAUUUGCCGGAUUUUUGGCAGUGGCCCCGGAAGUUUAUUUUCCUAAUUACAACGUUAAAUUAAAGAGUGAAUUGAUUGCUCUUUGGUCUCCGGCAAUGCCUGGCAUUUCCCAACUAGAAGCCUAUAAAAUUGAAGUCCAAGAAUAUCAAGAAAAUAAACCGGUCCGUUAUAAUGAAGGUAGCCUGGUUCAAGAAUUAGAAAGAUUGGGGAUUGGUCGCCCUUCUACCUAUAAUUUGUUCGGUCGUGUAUUACUGAAAAGAGGUUAUGCAGAAUUGAAUGAAAAAGGACAAUUUAUUCCUACUCCUUUGGGAAUUGCG